AUGGUUUUGGGUAUUGACAAAGAAAAGGGACCCCACUCUACAAGUGUGAUCCAGCAGGCCAUUUUUAUGGCUCAUCAGGCAACCAGUGCUGGAUCGAAAGAACAAGAGGCAAUUAAUUUCUUAGAAAAGAAUACGAAGAAUGACCCUGCUUUUACUUAUGAGGAAACAAUGCAGGAGCGCCUCUUAUUGAAAAUUAUCUUGCUGGAUUUAACAGCUCCGUGUUUGCUUAUGGCCAAGUUGCAUGUAUACCUUAGCCUUGACUGGACGCGAUAUGUGGGGAGUGCAGUUACUGGUUCUGGGAAGACUGAUGCGGUUCGCAGUAUGAUAGAGAAACUUGCUCAGUAUACUGACAUUCGAUGUUGUCUAAUUGUUGAUGGGCUUUCAUUAAAGGUUUGA